AUGGAUACCAGAAAGGAUGUCAUCCUUGCCGACCUCAAGGACACACACAAUCCGUUGAUGCCCACUCAAACGACGGAGGAAGGGCAUAUAUCGCCUCUGUCCUUGGCCGAAUCCAAACGGGUGCUCAGAAAGAUCGAUAUGUGCAUCAUUCCGCUAUUCAACGCUGCUGGGUUUGCUCAAGGAUCUGGCAAGGAAAUCCCUGAGAAGGAUCGAUUCUGCAACGAAUCACAUCUGACCGGAUCCCAAUACUCCUGGUGCUCGGCGGUCUUUUACUUCGGCUACCUGGCCUGGAGUUGGCCCAGUUCAUAUCUCAUUGUCCGACUUCCUUUGGGGAAAUACCUGGCUCUCACAGUCUUUAUAUGGGGCGGCAUUCUGAUGUGCCACGGUGCCUGCCAAGGCUUUGCCAGCCUCAUGGCUGCACGGUUCUUUCUUGGUGUGGCUGAGGCGGCUCUCGCCCCAGGAUUUGCCCUUAUCACGGGCAUGUUCUACACGCGUAAAGAACAACCAAUACGACAGGGUGCUUGGUGGCUGGGCAAUGCGGUUGCCAACGUCAUCGGCGGCGUGGUCGCGCACGGCAUCGGCCAGAUCACGACGUCGCCACUCCAGCACUGGCGCUUGCUUUUCUUGAUCCUCGGGGCCGUCACCUCAGCCUAUGCUUUUGUUCUGUACCUGGUGCUGCCGGAUUCACCCACAAAGGCCAUCUUCCUGGAUGAAAGGCAGCGCCAGGUGGCAUUGCAGCGGACUAUCCACAACAAGACGGGCCUUAUGGACAAUGACACCUUUGUGACAAGCCAGGUCAUGGAUGCCUUGCGUGAUCCACAGAUCUGGCUUCUGGUCCUCUACACCGUGUCAGUCAAUCUAGCAAACGGCGGACUAACCAGCUUCAGCUCGAUCGUCGUGGCAGGAUUUGGCUUCACAGACCUCAAGGCCCUCCUGAUUCAGAUGCCUGUGGGCGCAGCUCAGCUGGUCUUCCUCCUCCUCACUUCAGGCUUAGCCAGUAUCAUCCCGUCAUCCCGGCUGGUCCUUAUGAUCUUCAACACAAUCAGCUCCAUGGUGGGCAUGAUCAUGGUGUACGAGCUGAAAGGUCGCGCUGGCCGCAUGGGCGGCUUGUGCUUGGCUGCCGUCUUUGCUUGUAACAUCCCCCUCUCUUUAAGUUUGAUCAGUUCCAACGUCGGCGGCUUUACCAAGCGAUCUGUCGCAAGCGCAACUCUGUUUGUCGCGUACUGUGUUGGGAAUAUCAUUGGCCCACAGUUCUUCCUGGCCAGCCAGAAACCAAGAUAUACGACUGGUCUCAGAGCCUCUCUUUCGGGGCUCGCCUUGGGAGCCGCCUUCCUCAUCUGUCUUCUGGUGUACUACAUCAGCGAAAACAGACGAAGGAACAGGCUGUAUGGUGCAAGCCCACCACUGAGCCUGGAUGAAGAGCUGCGAGAAGAUUUGUCAGGCAAGACUGAUCGGGAGCUGACCGAUUUCCGCUAUGUGAUCUGA